AACAUCCUAACACCCUGUGUAUCGUGGUCCAGCCCAGUCCAUCUCGCAGUCGAGGAAAUUCGUAGCGCGCCGGCAUUUCGACGAUCUCUUCGGCACGUCAAGUCUAGUCAUGGCAAAGCGGAACCAGCGUACUUUCGGGGGGUCUUAUUAGAGCUGCUUGACCUCACUCGCUAUGAGUCGAAGUCGGCAUGCGUAAUCAUUACUCGGCCCCCAGAAAUCCUGGCAUGCUUCUGCAUUUUCGGUCUCUCCGGCCCUCUCUUCGUCAUCUUCGACUCCCAUCCACGUCCUCGCCAUCAUCCUGAUGGAGCCGCUUUCAUAUUUGAAAAUUCAGCUGACGGGGCCGCCGAAUACCUCGCCGAACUCUUGCAUUACGAUGAACAUCUGCUGGCUGAUAGCAACCUGCAGUGGCAAGCGCAACUCCUCUCCCACUGUUCUGGCGACUUCUUUCUCGCGCCCGAGGCUUCCGUUGAUGACGGAGACUGGUCCGAGGUCGCAUUCGAUUCUAGUUUACAGAUGCUCCGCUUGCAGGCUCGGGUGCGAGAGCUAGAGGACGUCAACGAGAACCUUCAGUCCGAAAACAAGCGCCUCCAGGAUGAGACAUCAGAACUGGAAGAUAGAUUGUCCGAGCUCGAUGACGAGCUCGAGCGGCUGAAGAAGUGCGAGGACUUGAAACGUGCCGAAAGGCCUGUCGACACUGGUCUCAAUACCUCUCCCCACUUCCCUUCCCCAGCCUCCACCACAGCAUCCGGCACUCGAACGAAUGGGCAUCAGUCUCCCUGGAAGACUCAAGGCCGCGACGGCGACCUCGCCUUCGAUCUACAGCGCCAGUUCGACGAAGAAGACCGGCGGCUCCAGCUCCACUAUCGUUUCCUACAAGACACAGAACCCGCUACAUUCGACUGUGGUAUCUGCUUCGACUGCUUUCAGGAGGAUUUCGUGGUUCGCCUCUUGCCCUGUCGCCAUGCGUUCUGCCGUGACUGCGUGAGAGGCUACGUGGUCAACGCUAUCGAGUCCCAUCGAUAUCCUAUCACCUGCCCCACCUGUUCCGCCGGUCAAGAGCAGGGCGAGAUGGGAGAGGUUGACGACGCGGCCGUGCAACAAUUGGGUCUCAUGGAUAAGCAGUACGACAUUUACAGCGAGAUGCAGCUUGCGCCUUUCUCGACAAUCAUCCAUUGCCGCAAAUGCAAAGAAGCCAUAUUUGUGGACAAGACUGAGUACCAAGAGGUACAGACAAUAGUAUGCCCGCUUCGCGGGUGCGGGCACGUUUGGUGCAAAAUGUGCUCGCAAGCGAUACAGAUCGGCGGCCCAAAGCACUCCUGUGACGGGUCGUCGGAGCUGCAGCAUCUUAUGGGUCAGCACGGGUGGAAGAAUUGUCCAGGUGCACGCCCUGCUAACGCGUUCUACUCAGGUUGUCAAACGCCUGCAGAGAAGACGGAGGGAUGCAAUCAUAUGACGUGUAUAUCCCCUUCGUGCAACACACAUUUCUGUUACGUAUGCGGCGAGUUGAUAGUCCAAUCUGUCCGGAGGACGGACAUCCAGUCGGCAGUCUCAAAACAUUACAGCAAAUGCAGGCUUUUCUGA